AUGGCUGCGACGACGCACGACAACUCCAAGCCCUUCUUCCCUCUCGCAGGCGUGGCCAGGGACGGCUGGUCCACCGAGGACAAAGCCACGGCGACUUGCUUCUGCGGUGCCGUCCAAAUUGCGUUCCCGAUUCAAGGACCAGGACUAGUCAACACCUUCGUCUGCAAUUGCUACGACUGCCGCAAAGUCACUGCGUCCAUGUUUGCCUCGAACUUCACCGUCCAAGACAAACACAUUGAACAUCUCCGGGGCAAAGAGAACUUGAAAUCUUGGGGUCAGGAUAAGACACCCACCUCUGGCAAGAAGAUGACAAACUACUUCUGUUCAACCUGCGGUGGACUCAUGUAUCGGAAGGGGGAUGCGUAUCCCGAGGUCAGCUUUCUGCGCAUUGGCUCCGUCGACGACUUCAGCUUGCACGAGACAAAGUUGAGACCUCAGCUGGAACUCUUCGUCAAGGACCGUGUGAGCUGGUUUCACGGUGUUGACGGGGCCAAGAAGUUCGCUGCAUCGUUGUAA